AUGGUGGCGUUUUUCCGCACUGAGCCGUCGAAUGUCGGAGUAAGGGGGAAGGACAUUGUUGUUCUUGGUGUGGAGAAGAAGUCCGUGGCAAAACUUCAGGAUGAAAGAACCGUGCGGAAGAUCUGUGCUCUCGAUGACAAUGUCUGCAUGGCUUUUGCAGGGCUGACAGCCGAUGCCAGGAUAGUGAUAAACAGAGCUCGGGUGGAGUGCCAGAGCCACCGGCUGACAGUGGAGGAUCCCGUCACCGUGGAGUACAUCACGCGCUACAUUGCCAGUCUGAAGCAG